CAUUCAUACCUUUACGCUAACAACAUGAUGAAGUUCUAUAUCCUCUUAAUCAUAGGAUAUUUCUCAUGUUGUUUCCAUGAUAAGGUUGUUUCAGUUCCAAGUCCUAUUCCAUAUAAGUCUAUUUUCAACUUUGGUGACUCAUUGAGUGACACUGGCAAUUUCCUUGCCUCUGGUGCCAUUCAAUUCCCCGUCAUCGGAAAGCUUCCUUAUGGGGUAACCUUCUUUAGAAAGGCCACCGGCCGCUGCUCCGAUGGCCGACUGAUAAUUGAUUUCAUAGCUGAGGCAUAUGGUUUGCCACUUUUGCCACCGUAUCUGAACCUAAGCAACGGACAAAACAUUAAGCAAGGAGUGAAUUUUGCUGUUGCUGGAGCCACUGCGCUUGAUGCAGAAUUCUUCAUCCAAAGGGGAAUUGGAAAAGCUUUGUGGACUCGUGAUUCAUUGAACGUUCAGCUUGGCUGGUUCAGGAAGCUUAAACCCUCUCUUUGCACCACUAAACAAGAUUGUGAUAACUACUUCAAGAAUUCUCUAUUCAUGGUGGGGGAGAUAGGUGGUAAUGAUUAUAACUAUGCGGCAGUUUUUGGUGGAAAUGUUAGCCAACUACUAGAUAACGUUCCUGUAGUUGUUGAAGCAAUAACAAACGCCACCAGGGCAUUGAUAGAAGAAGGAGCAGUGGAGUUAGUGGUGCCGGGAAAUUUGCCAGUUGGGUGCUCAGCUGUGUACCUGACCUUGUUUAGAAGCCCAAACAAAGGGGACUACGAUGAAAAUGGAUGCUUGAAUGCCUUCAAUGGUUUUGCAAUGUACCAUAACGAACAGCUCCAACUUGCCUUAAGGAAUCUAAGGCACAAAUACCCUCAAGCAAGGAUCAUCUAUGCUGACUAUUACGGUGCAGCGCAACGUUUCUACCGUGCACCAGGGCACUAUGGGUUCCGAAGGACAUUAAAAGCAUGCUGUGGAGGAGGUGGACCGUUCAAUUUCAACAAUUCAGCAAGGUGUGGUCACAUUGGCUCAAACGCAUGUCCAGAUCCAUCCAAGUAUCCUAACUGGGAUGGAAUUCACUUGACAGAAGCAUCUUACAGGCACAUAGCUAGGGGUCUAGUUAACGGUCCUUUCUCAAGGCCCCCUCUCAAGUCCUCUCCCUUUAUCAUACCAUAGACAUAAAUGUAACAAUGACAUUCAAAUAACACCUUCCCUUGUUAACUACUUCAUUCAGCAUUUAGUUUCUUUAGUUAUGCCUAUCAAAGUAGCUCUGUCUUUUUAUUAUUGCAUUGUUGACUCUAUUAUGUGUAUUGUUUCACCAUAAUCCACAUUCACUGUACUGCCUACUGAGCUUAAAUAGGAUUGAAUUUAUUUGAGCAUCCAAAAAGAAAAACGUGACUAUUAAAUACGUCUAUCUU